GGAGCGGGCAGGCGGAGCGCACUGGUAUCUCUGCUGAGUCAGGUGCAGGUGCAGGUGCAGGUUGCCGGGAGCCGGGGACUGGGGAGCACCGGCCUUCCCCCCGCCCCUGCAGCGGCAGUAAAAGCGAGACAUGCAUAUGUUAGCAAAUGCAAACUGGCGUUGACCUUUUAAGUGCUCGUUGCAGUGACAGGCUUGCCCUGGAGAUCUGUACUGUCCUUGAUCUGUGACCCUCAUGUGCAUUACCUGAUAAGUUACUAAUCAGUCACCACUUUCCUAAAAUAAACCUUCCCGUUUAAAAGUAAAAGUACAAGUGAGUUAUCUAAAGCUUGCACUUGCUGUGCACUGCUCUCGUAGUUUCCUGUUGUGUACCUGCUGCUGCUCUUUCGAUUCAGCGUCCGGAGAAGAAACUUACACAAUUUGGCUUGCUCUGCCUCACUUGGGUACAGUUCGGCACUUAAUUUCUUGGCUCACCUCAACUCCAGAACACUCCAGACGAGAUCUACUUCCUGCUUCAGGUGCAUUCAGAUUAAGGACUGACCGUGGGCCAUGAAACUGUCUUGUGUUCAUUUAAAUGAAUUUAACUGGAGGAAGAUUUUAAAGAGGAGCAGCAGAAUGUGCAGAUGCUACUAAUUGAGGGAGAACUUCAAGGUCUAUCUACGCUGAUGGCUGCCACAGAUGACGUGUUCAUUCCUCUGGAGUGUUUUCUUCCUACAGGAAAAUUGAAAUAUUGCCUGUUAAUUCUCAAUCAGCCGAUAGACAAUGAUCAGUUCCACUGCCUUUGGAGCAAAGCGGUUUUUCGAGCAUGUGCUGAUGGUGGAGCAAAUCAACUCUAUGAACACACAAAAGGAAUACAAGAAAGAUUUCUGCCUAACUUCAUCAGUGGGGAUUUUGAUUCGAUUAAACCAGAAGUAAAAGAGUUCUACAAAGCCAAGGAGUGUGAGAUCAUUGAUACAAUGGAUCAGGACCUCACCGACUUCACAAAAUGUUUACAGAUACUACUUCAGAAAAUAAAGGAACAAGGAUUGAAGGUUGAUGUUGUGGUCGUACUUGGUGGACUUGGCGGACGCUUUGACCAGAUUAUGGCCUGUGUGGAGACCCUCUUCCAUGCUGUGAAGAUGACUAAGUUACCAGUUGUGAUAAUUCAAGGGACUUCCCUGGCAUAUUUACUCCAGCCUGGUCACCAUAGAUUGUGUGUCAACACAGGUCUAGAAGGGAAAUGGUGUGGCCUUAUCCCUGUCGGAAAUCGGUGCAAUAAUGUAACAACAACUGGGCUCAAGUGGAAUCUGACCAAUCAAGUACUUCAGUUUGGGAAACUGGUCAGCACCUCUAACACUUACGACGGAAGUGGAACAGUCACAAUAGAAACUGAUGAACCUCUGCUGUGGACAAUGGGAAUAAAGAGACAACUUAAAUGAGCUGUGUGUGCCUUUAAAAUGAAGCAGAAUAGAACACAGAUAAUCAAAUGGAAAAAAAACUCAGCAUUUUACAAAUCAAAACAAUUUUAUUGAUUAAAGCACAAAAUAUA